AUGCCAAUCCCACUAAACCCGGCCUCCUCAGGCCCGGCUACAUCGUCCAGCGGUGAGCAAUCUGGGUCACGAAGCCACCCUGCCAACUCACAGCCCUCCUCUACCACUACGAACACCGCGUCCACUGCGACUGGAACAGCCGAGCAUGGCACUGGGUCUGAGGGACACAUAAGCAGGGAAGAAGCCGAUCGGCUUUAUGAGGAGCGAAUCGAGGAAGAGUAUGCAAAGCGAGAGGGUGGUGCAUAG